CCGACAGUGACGGCGGUGGUACGAGGACAGGGGGAGCUGAUCCGGCUGCUGAAGGCGGGCGAAUACGACAUGGACGAGCGGACGGAGGACGGGAGGACAGGGCUGCAUGUAGCGGGGAUGCUGGGGAGGGCGGGGAGCGUGAGGGAGCUGAUACAGGCAGGUGCAGAGGUAGGAGCGAAGGACGAUGAAUGGAAGACGAUGGUGCACUGGGCGGGGGAGUAUGGGCAUGUGGAGGUACUGAAGACGGUAGAGGAAGAAUGCGGGAAAGAGACUCUGAGGACCUUGAUGAUGGAGAGGAGCAAUGACGGCAAGACAUGCGCGCACUAUGCGAGUGCAGGUGGGCAGUUGGAGGUGCUGCGGUAUGCUGUA